CCUUUAGAUCUCUCCAGCAGUAAGUUUGGGGAUAGGAGGAGGAGAGAAAAAUGGCGUCGGGGUGGGGGAUAACGGGAAACAAAGGGAGAUGUUACGAUUUCUGGAUGGAUUUCAGUGAAUGUAUGUCUCACUGCAGAGAGCCCAAGGAUUGUACUCUUCUUCGUGAAGACUACCUCGAGUGUCUUCACCAUUCCAAAGAGUUCCAACGAAGAAACAGGAUAUACAAAGAGGAACAACGUAAACUAAGAGCAGCUUCAAGGAAAGGCGAAGAAACCGGGGAUGGUACUCAUACUCAUCACUAAUCAAGUAUUGUCAUCCUAUCUCCAAAGUUUGCAUCUUUCGUAGCAAAAAAAAGAAGAAGAAGAAUAAGAAGAAGAAGAAAAAGAAAAAGGGUUCUUGAAGAUUUGUGUAUGUUGUGUCAAAUUUUAUUUGAUCGUUUUCAGUUUGAUUUUGCAAUGGAUUUAUCUGUUCUGGUCUAUUUUACCUCUGACCGAGUUGUAAUAUGCCUUUGGCUGUUCAUCAAGCAGCACAAAACUCCUUCUUUCAUGGUAAUAAUUACUCUUACAGGUAUA